AUGGUUAAGACACAAGGUCUAUUCCCAGGACUGGAGAAUAUAGCAGCAUUUAAGCCCAUAUACACAGAUCCACCGGACGCAACCUGCGGAAUCCCAAAACGAAGCGUCUUUUGUCAAAGUAAUGUGAGCUUACAAAGUCUCCAGACCUGCACUCAACACCUAUGUGUUCAAGACUGUCCGUACAGAGCUGCUAUUCCGGACUUCCAUCAGCUUCUCAAGGAUGAUCUCGGCACCUGUGUCAGAAAGGAUAAGACUGAUUUACGUCCCAAGUCCGGUAACAAUUCCAAUAGCUUCAUAUUUUAUGACCACAAAGACUGUUUUGUUGCUGCUUCUCCUUUAAGAAUUGGAAGCUCAUUCACGUUGGCCGUGUGGCUGAAACCCGAGCAGGAUGGUGAAAUGUGUGUGAUAGAAAAGUCUUCUGAUGGGCAGAUUGUGUUCAAACUCACAAUCUCCGAGAAAGAGACCGCGUUUUAUUAUCGCACAGUAAAUGGUUUGCAGCCUCCUAUAAAAGUAAUGACACAGGGGAGAUUUGCUGUGAAGAAAUGGAUUCAUCUUACUGUGCAGGUCCACUACACCAAGGUAGGCUUCUUCAUCGAUGGACCGGAAGAAGAUCUAACACCAUUCGAUGCAAGAUUUCUUCUUGAUCCCAUUUAUGAACCUGCGACGGGGAGUUUUUUACGACUUGGACAAAGUAUUAAUGGUUCAGAUCAGUUUAUUGGAAGGAUGCAAGAUUUCCGCUUAUAUCAGGAGGCACUUACAAACAGAGAAAUCUUGGAGGUGUUUUCUGAGAAGUUUCUUCAAGUUCCCAUUCAAUCGGAAUGCAGAUGCCCUAGCAGCCACCCACGUUUUUACCUCCUGGAAGGACAGUCCUGUCUUCCUAAUGGAGUUUACAACACAACGAAGGAUAAAGUUCUAAGGCUCAAUCGAGAUGCUCACCCAGUGUCCUACAUGAAUGAUAAUGAUCUGCAGACCACAUGGAUUUCUUCUAUAUUAUCUGCAUCAGACUUUGACAAAGGCCUAAAUAUUACAGUGGAUUUCGCCAAUGGACAAUAUCAGAUAUUUUACGUUAUUAUUCAAUUUUACAGCCCUAUGCCAAAAGCCUUAAAAGUCCAAAGGAAAAAAAAUAGAUGUUCUGUCUGGGAAGAUUGGCAGUAUUUUGCAAGUGAUUGUCAGGACAUUGGAAUGGAAAAUAAUGGCUUUUUAGAAAACCCGAAUUCUGUCAAUUGUCUUCAGUUUCCCAGGGACACUCCUUAUUCUAAUGGAAAUGUGACCCUAAGCCUUCUGACUCCAGAACCAAAUCCUCGUCCGGGAUACAAUGACUUUUAUAAAAACCGGGAUCUUCAGGAAUUUGUUGAAGCGUCUCUAGUGAGGAUUCAAUUAACUGGUCAAUAUCACACAUUGGAGUCUAACGUCAGUUUCCGACAUCGGUAUUAUGGAAUUCGCGAAAUUACCGUCAGUGGAAGAUGUAAUUGCCAUGGGCAUGCUAAUUCUUGUGAUACAAGUGUUUCACCUUACAAGUGCCUAUGUGACACGAAGAGCUUCACCGACGGGGAUAACUGUGAUCGCUGCUUGCCCCUGUAUAACAACAAGCUGUUUCGUCAAGGUGACCAUGUGAAUGCUUAUAGCUGCGUACAGUGCCAGUGCAACAACCAUUCAUCCAGCUGUCACUAUGAUGCAAGUGUAGACCCUCACCCCCAUGACCACGACCGAGGAGGCGGGGGAGUAUGCAACAAUUGCUUGCACAACACGGCAGGAAGAAACUGUGAAGUUUGCAAAAUUUUCUUCUACCGGAAAUUUGAGGAUGACCCAUCUGCCAUUGACAUAUGCCAACCCUGCGACUGUGAUGAGGCUGGCACGGCUAACCAAAGCCAAAAUUGUGAGAAGCUUGGAGGUCAGUGCGCUUGUAAACUGAAUGUCUGGGGCAGGAGAUGUGAUCAGUGUAAAGACGGAUUUUACAAUUUACAGGAGUCCAACCCCGACGGCUGCCAGCCCUGUCACUGCAACAUAUCCGGAACAAUCAAUGGAAAUCCUUCAUGUCAUCAGAUCACCGGCCAGUGCCAAUGCAAAGAAAAUGUUGUUGGUCCUUGCUGUGAUCGCUGCAAACUGGGUUUCAAACAAGACACAUUAGGACAAGAGAGCUGUAUACAAUGCACGUGCAGUCCUUAUGGCGCCAUCAAUCAAUUCUGCAAUCCAGCCAGUGGACAAUGUAAAUGCAGAGAGAAUGUCAGCGGACUUGACUGUGACACCUGUAUUGACAACUAUUAUGGGUUGGAUGCUGAUGGUUGUAAACCCUGCAAGUGUCACAUGGAAGGGAUUAUCCCUGAAACAGUUUGUGAUGCUGUGACAGGACAAUGUGUUUGUCAGCCUAAUGUUGGUGGAAGCCAGUGCGAUGAAUGCUUGGAGGGCUACUACAAAUCCACACAGAAUGGUUCUGUGUCGUGUCUUCCCUGCCACUGUGAUAAAUCAGGGGCAAUAAACGCCUCUCAGGCUUGUGACCAGUUAACGGGACAAUGUGUGUGCAAAGCCUCGGUAACAGGUCAGAGGUGUAAUAUCUGCAUCGACCGUACCUACAAUCUGUCUACGGAAAAUAUUUGGGGCUGUCAGGAUUGUGACUGUGAUCUUAAUGGAACAAUACCGGGCUCGGUGUGUGACCAAAUCAAUGGGCAGUGUCAAUGCUUGCCAAAUUAUCAAGGAAGGAGAUGCAGCCAGUGUAAGCCUGGCUUUCAUCUAUCUAGUGAAAGUAAUAAUGCAGCAUGCGUGCCAUGUGUUUGCCACCCCCAAGGAUCCAAGAAUGCUACCUGUGAUGAUAUAAAUGGACAGUGCUAUUGUCGAGACUCUUCGGUGUCUGGUCUUAAAUGUGAUCGAUGCAGUGAGACAUUUUUUGGAUUGAACUCAGAUACUGGAAGAUGCCAGCCUUGCUCGUGCAACCCAGCAGGCUCUGUCAAUACCAGCUGCCAUGCUAUAACCGGACAAUGCUUUUGCAAAGAAUUUGUGAGCGGUAGGAACUGUUCACAAUGUGUGGAAGGUUCUAGCAGUUUGGAUGAGAAUAAUCCGUACGGGUGCAGUUCAACUCCUUCCCAACAGCCACCUCCGAGAGGACAUGUCAUAAACAGCACCACUAUCAUGCUUACCUGGAGUCCACCAGAUGCCCCAAAUACCAAUCAGAUUGACUAUGUGCUAUAUAGAGAUGGCCUUGGGAUCUAUGAAACCGCUGACCAUUACCCAUACAGUAUACAGAGCUACACGGAUAAACCCCUUUUGCCAUAUACUGCCUACACUUAUCACGUCAGUGCCAGGAAUGUGCACGGAUCUUUCCGCAGUACCAAUGUGACCUAUCAAACAAGAGCCGGGCCACCAUCUGGAGAUAUAAAAUUGAGCUUAUUGCAUCCCGUGGGUCAGUAUUCAGCUUCAAUGAACUGGACUAUUAUUCUGGAUGCCCAUGUAUCUGUUGAGACAUUUAGACUAAUCUAUACAUCACAAGGGUCAUCCAAGACAAGUAUCGCGUAUGAGGGCCUUGAUACACAGGUCUCUGUUCAUAAUUUAACUCCUUUUACCAAGUAUAAUUUCACAGUACUCGUCUGUAAUUCUGAGGGCUGCCUACAAAGUUUGCCAACCACAGUGGUAACGGCUCAAGCACCACCUUCAGGUCAGAGUCCACCAGUGGUCAUAAAUUCAAGUUCUACAGAUAUUCACCUACAGUGGUCACCACCGCUACAACCAAAUGGAGUGGUUAUAAGGCAUGAGCUGUACAUGAGAGGCUUACACCAGGCACUUGAAAAACGAGUUUUCCAUGCAAGUGGAUGGCUGAACCCUCAGCCAGUGAUGGAAUCUGAGAAUGAAAACGCCUUAUUGCCACCAGUAACCCAUGCGAUGAUUACCAACCUGGAACCAAACACAGAAUAUGAGUUUUGUAUUGUGACAACUAACAUGGCUGGUAGUGUUGCUUCAGAAUGGGUGACAUUAAAAACAGCAGAAUCAGAACCCACAUACAUGCCUCCUCCGUCUGUGAUUCCACUUUCAGCAAACUCUCUAAAUGUGUCUUGGGAGAAACCGAGCAACAAUGCAGCAAGAGGAGAAAUUACUGGUUAUACAAUCAACUUGGUAUCCCCAGAUCUGGUCAAGAACCCUGAUACAAGAAGAGCUUCUCCUGAGGUGCUGUAUGUAGCGGAGAAUCAUGAAGUCUAUUAUGAAGUGACAGAACUAGACGCCUACCAUGAUUACGCCUUCACUGUCACCCUCUGCAAUAAGAUUGGAUGUGUGACAAGUGAACCUGCGCUCGGAAAGACUUUAGCUUCAGAUGCCGUGAUUAUGUAUGAAUGCAACAUCUGA